AUGUCGUCGGGUGCGGAUGAAGAGCCUCAUUCUUCCGCAGCACCUGAGAUAGGCCAGAACCAAAGGAAACACCCCUGUGUGCUUUGUCAACAGCGCAAGGUCAGGUGUGAUCGGAAUAGCCCUUGUGCCAACUGCACAAAGGCACGAGUGGAAUGUGUUUCCCCAGCAAAACUUCCCCAUAAGAGACGGAAGCGGAGAUUUCCCGAAGCAGAACUGCUUGCGCGCCUGAGGAAAUAUGAAGAGCAUCUCAGGGGCUAUGGUGCUGACAUCGACGCCAUUAAUCGUGAGGAGACCCCUAUUCCUGCAACAUCUUCAGUCCCGGUUAAGACCGAAGAUCCUGCGUAUCUGGAUGGCUACAGGUCAUUGUCGGUGCGCUGGUCACUGAAGAACGUAAACAGUAAUUUAUGGAAUGACUUGAGCCACGAGUUUCGCGAUAUAGAAGAAAUACUCCAGGGGUCUUCAGAUGAUGAAUUAGAGACCCCCAUAACCACAACCUAUGAUGAAGCCUUUUUAGAUGCCGGAGAUCUCUUACUUCCGGGGCCAGCCGUCGACGAUUUGGCUUCGCUACAUCCUCCACCUGUGCAAAUAUUUAGGCUCUGGCAGACAUUUCUGGACAACAUCAAUCCGUUGAUCAAGCUUUUCCAUGCUCCAACAGUCCAACAACAAGUCCUCGAAGCCAGCGCGAAUCUAAACGCUGCCUCCACAAAAAUACAGGUGUUGAUGUUUGGAAUUUACUCGAUGGCAAUCGCAUCUUUAAGUGAGGAGGAGUGCAAAGUGAUGUUUGACGGAGACAAGGAAACGCUCCUGAAUCAGUACCAGUCUGGCGCCCGUCAAGCCCUGCUUCGGGCGAGUUUUCUUCGUACUUCCGAUAUGACCAUUUUACAAGGAUAUAUGCUCUAUCUGUACUCUUUUCAUUCCUUCGCACUAGAUCCUCGCGCCCUAUUCUGCUUGACAGGAAUUGCUAUCCGCAUGGCUCAGAGGAUGGGCUUGAACUUUGAUGGCACGCUUUAUGGACUUAUGCCAUUUGAGAUAGAGAUGCGACGAAGGCUGUGGUGGCAAUUACUUUUCCUCGAUAGCCGUGUAGGAGAGAUAUCAGGAUUCGGGCCUUCAAUUCUUCAACAUACCUGGACCACAAAGCUUCCCUCGAACAUGAAUGAUAGCGAUCUAUUUCCGGACAUGAGAGACCCUACUGUAGAACACCUUGGGAUCACUGAAAUGGUCUUCGUGCUUCAAAAGUGCGAGGCCGCCCAGUUCAUGCAGCAGUUUAAGUCGGCCACCGGGCUAUCGGCCAUUGACCAGAAGGCCAUCGAUGACUUUGAACAACGACUAGAACAGCGAUAUCUCAAGUAUUGCGACCCACAAGUGCCCGUUCAUCUUAUCUCACGCCUAGUGGCCAGUACCUCCAUCGCCAAGCUCCGAAUCGGUGUAACACAUCCUCAUCUAAUGUCAGCCCGCGGUGUUGAGUUGUCCCAGGCUCAAAAGGACAGUGGGUUUAUUUUGAGUCUGUGCCAAAUCAAAAACCAUCAGACCUUGACGCAUUCGAAAUCUCUGGGUCGGUUUCAGUGGUAUGUAAACAAACACUUCCCCUUCCCAGCAUACCUCAUCCUGCUCCGCUCCCUACGAGAGCGAACAAGCGACGCUCUGGCAGAUGAAGCCUGGAAGAUUCUCGAAGAGUACUUUGACAAUCGUCCCGUCGGCCUUGGUGCAAAGUGGCGCUCGAAACAGACGCUGCACGUGGCUCUAGCAAACCUGGUGGUCAAGGCUUGGGAAGCUCGAGAAGCUGCAGGUCAACCUUUUCAGCCGAUGCUUCAGACUCCGCAGUUUAUUCUUCGGUUGAAACAGGAUAUAGCCUCUCAUAAGUCACCGGCUUCAAUUCCACCAACGCAAUCCACCGGCACUCUGCCAGAAGGCCCUAGUGCAGGCAUCGAUUCAUCUGAAGGAGCCUGCAUGUGGAUAGAUCAACCAUCGAUGGAUGUAGGUGCGGGCUUUGACGAUGCUGCAAUGCCUGGAGCCAUCGAUUCUUCCUCGUGGGCAUUUUGGGGGGAUUAUAUGCAAAUUCCGAUUGUUGGGCAGGGCUUUGAUGGGGGUGCAACCCAAGAAUUUUACCAGAACUAA